AUGAAGUUUGAAGUAGUAGCCAUCAUUGUCUGUUUGAUGAUGUUUCUUUCAGUGGCAUUUACAACUGAAUCAACAAAUGAAAUUGCUCUUGGAACCCCAAACUUUGAUGAUACCAUCCAAUACGAUAGUGUUUGUAUUGUCGCAAACACUGGUUUUACAUAUUGUUCAACUUCAAAUAAUAUUACCACAUGCCCAGGAUUAUCAAAUUGUAUCAAUAACCAAACAUCAUCAAAAUCAUUAAACAUUAGAGUAAAGGAUGGUGUUUAUGGAAAGAAUGGUUUUGAAGCAUGCUCACCAUACCCAAUCAGUGCCAACUUUAGAUUGUUAAACAUUGAGUCAUACACUUUAAAUUCGAGUAAAGUCAACUUUUAUUGUGCCAGCACCUUUUUAAACUACUACUCUGUGUCGUUGCCAAAGAUUACCAUCAAUAUUAAGAAUAUCAAUGUUUAUCGUUCAAAGAUCGGUGUUAUUCAACAAACCAGUGCCAUCAUUGUCAGCUCACCAUACGACUCUUUGUUAAAUCUAACCAACUCUAAUUUUAACGGUUUCUACUCACAAGAUAACGGUGGUACUGUCAAUGCCCAAGGUUUCUAUGUUGUCUUGAAUCAAACCACCAUCACCAACUCGGUCUCUCGAAACAACGGUGGUGCAAUCUACACUGAUGAACAAGUCAUCAUCGAGUCAUCCACCAUCAAUGGUUGCUCUGCUGACAACAAUGGUGGUGCCAUCUAUGCCAAUCUAAUCGAAAUGACCAAUGCCAAUAUUUCCAACAACCAAGCUUCCUACUCUGGUGCCAUUGCCUCCAACAUCACCACAAUCUAUCAAUCCUACCUCAACUAUAACAAUGCCUUUUGGAAUGGUGGUGUCAUUGCUAUGGGAGAUAGUGCCACUUACUUCUCGGCAGAGCUCUCUGCCUUUGAAGGCAACUCUGUCUCUAUCAGUGGAAAUGGUGGUGUCGUCUACAUUGGCUCUUCCGUUGAAUUCUCUGCUACCAGUUGUACAUUCUCAUCCAAUGUUGCCAGAAAUGGUGGUGUCAUUUUUGCAACCACUCAAGGAGAAUUUACAAAUAUGAAUUUAACAGCAAGUAGUUUCUACUCAAAUUCUAUUUGGGAAUCUGGUGUCGGUGAUUGUAUCUAUAUCGGCUCCAGUCAUAUCGGUAUUAUUGGUGGUAUCUAUUACACAAAUGGUAUGCACCAUACCCACCCAUUCGGUGGUCUAGUCUAUCUUUUGAGACUUGGUCCAGUUGACUAUACCAUUGAUUGUCCAAUUACCAAUCCACUUGUUAUUAACAAUGCAAAUGGUGAAUAUUUAUGUGGUGAUUUUGCCUCAUCGUGGUCAUCAUCUAGUUACUAUUGGAGCAGUGAUUCAUCCAGUGGCGACGACCGUCAUGGAAGUAUGGUGGCCGGUCUUAUCUUUUCCAUUGUAGUUGGCGUUUUCGCUCUUGCCUUUUUCUUUGGCAUUACCAUUCGUGGAUUCAAGACUAUAUAA